CAGCACUUCAAGACAAACACUAAUGUGGAUUCCAGACUCUUUCUUUUCAAGUUUGCUAAGUGGAAGAAUUUCAACACUGAAAGAUGAAACUGGUGCUAUAUUUAUUGAUAGAGAUCCUGCAGCGUUUGCACCUAUUUUAAAUUUUCUCCGAACAAAGGAAUUAGAUUUGCGAGGAGUAAGCAUUAAUGUACUUAGGCACGAAGCAGAAUUUUAUGGAAUCACACCUUUAGUAAGAAGACUUCUUUUAUGUGAAGAGCUGGAGCGUUCAUCUUGUGGCAGUGUCCUCUUUCAUGGAUAUCUUCCACCUCCAGGCAUUCCAAGUCGUAAGAUUAGCAGUUCUACAACAGCUUCUACUGAUGUUAGAACACCUCAGAAUUGCCUUGAAGGGGAAAUCCGAGGAGGGAAUAUGCAGCCUUCACUUGCUGGUCCUGGAGAAGAUACAGUUAGGUUAGGGUUUCCUGUGGAUCCGCGGAAAGUUUUGAUAGUGGCUGGCCAUCAUAACUGGAUUGUAGCUGCAUAUGCUCACUUUGCAGUUUGUUAUAGAAUUGUUCAGUGUUUUGAAGAUUUCCCCCCACCCACUUGCUACAACAGAGAUGGGGAACAUUUCGUAUUUUGGAUGUUUUGGCCAAACCAGCAUAACAAGCAAAUUAAGGAAUCGUCUGGAUGGCAGCAGGUGUUCACAAGUCCUUACUUAGAUUGGACUAUUGAAAGGGUGGCUCUGAAUGCAAAAGUUGUUGGUGGUCCACAUGGAGACAAAGAUAAAAUGGUUGCUGUUGCAUCUGAAAGCAGUAUUAUCUUAUGGAGUGUUCAGGAUGGUGGUAGUGGUAGUGAAAUAGGUAUAUUUAGCCUUGGAGUCCCUGUCGAUGCUCUCUUCUUUAUUGGUAACCAGCUGGUGGCUACUAGUCACACAGGAAAAGUGGGAGUAUGGAAUGCUGUGACUCAACAUUGGCAGGUUCAAGAUGUUGUUCCUAUCACAAGUUAUGAUACUGCUGGAUCAUUCCUACUGCUGGGCUGCAAUAAUGGUUCCAUAUAUUAUAUUGAUAUGCAAAAAUUUCCAUUACGAAUGAAGGAUAAUGAUCUUCUGGUGACAGAACUUUACCACGAUCCUUCCAAUGAUGCCAUAACAGCACUUAGUGUUUACCUCACACCCAAAACAAGUGUAAGUGGCAAUUGGAUUGAGAUUGCAUAUGGCACAAGUUCUGGAGCUGUGCGUGUAAUUGUGCAGCACCCAGAAACAGUUGGGUCAGGUCCUCAACUCUUUCAGACGUUCACAGUUCAUCGAAGUCCUGUUACAAAGAUCAUGUUGUCUGAGAAACAUCUUGUGUCAGUAUGUGCAGAUAACAAUCAUGUUCGAACAUGGACUGUGACUCGUUUCAGAGGAAUGAUUUCAACACAGCCGGGAUCCACCCCCUUGGCAUCCUUUAAAAUACUGUCCUUGGAGGAGACUGAGAGCCACGGCAGUUACUCUUCUGGAAAUGAUAUAGGGCCAUUUGGUGAGCGUGAUGAUCAACAGGUGUUUAUACAGAAAGUUGUCCCUAUUACUAACAAACUCUUUGUAAGGCUUUCAUCUACUGGAAAAAGGAUAUGUGAAAUUCAAGCAGUUGAUUGUACUACAAUUUCAUCUUUCACUGUACGAGAAUGUGAGGGAUCCAGUAGGAUGGGCUCGAGGCCACGACGCUACCUCUUCACAGGUCAUGUGAAUGGCAGUAUUCAGAUGUGGGACCUGACCACAGCAAUGGAUAUGGUUAAUAAAAGUGAAGAAAAAGAUGUGGGUGGUCCUACUGAAGAAGAAUUGCUUAAGCUUUUGGAUCAAUGUGACCUGAGCACAUCUCGUUGUGCUACCCCCAAUAUCAGUCCAGCCACUUCAGUGGUGCAGCAAAGCCGCCUGCGUGAAUCAAACUCUAGCCUCCAGUUGCAGCAUCGUGAAAUGAUCCAUGAAGCGGCAACAUACGGUGCCAUACGGCCAUAUAGGGAAAGUCCUUUGUUAGCCAGGGCACGACGGACAGAGAGUUUUCACAGUUACCGGGAAAUUCAGGCUUUUAAUUUGAACAAAACUAUGGUAGACAAAGCUGUUCCUCAGAAUGGCAACCAGUCUCCGCUACAGACAGAAGUGAAGAGGAUUGGUGAAAACAUAGUUGAUAAAAAGAUUUCAGCACCAGCACUGGAGGUAAAAGCUCCUAAAGCAGCAGAAGGUGGAACUGAACUCCAGAAAGUGCCAGAAAGUUUAUCAGAAAUGAAAAAAAGAGGAAUGGAUGAUGAAAAUGAAACCAAAACAGAUAGUAAAAAGAAAAGUGGAUUUGAAGGAGGAGGAGCACUCCUGGGAAGGAAAAAAGCACCACAUCUCGUGUCUUCAACAAGUAUUGUGGAGGGAGUUUCUGAAGCACUCAGUAUGGCUUCCCCAUCACCUACAAAGACACCAGUUUCUCCACGGCAUAAGAAAAAUGAUUUUUCCUGUCAGGACUAUACCUUAUAAAAGAGCUAAAGGGCAUCAGUAGCCUGGACACAUCACGUUUUAACACUAAACUGGAUGAAAUGUUUACAUAUCUGUUAAGUCUGUGUCUUUAAAAUUGAAGCUGUUGUGUGAAGUGUGGUAAGGCAGUAUAGGGAGCACAUCCUUCUACACAAAUGACUUUGUGUCACAACACAAACAGAAGCAUUUUUAAAGUAUUCUAAAUAGGUGUUGACUUUGUAUAACUCUUAAUAUAAAUCCAGUUCUGGUACAGAUACGAGUUCAAGUCUUGCUUAAUGCAGGCUGGCAUGCACUACCAUUUUUUGUUGUAAGGGAGACUUUCUGUUGUGUAUUAAGUGUUUCCCAGUCCUGAUUCCUCACAUGCUAAACCUUUAAUGUUUGUGGCCUGUCUACUGGUCUUCAGAUAAUCCUCAUUUCACAGUUUCGGUGUGGUUCCAUACUGGGAACAAACAAUGGAAAGAAGGUGGCAUGGCAUAUUUACCUUAUGUCUGCCUCUUCUGUUGACCCACCAUAUCCUUUACUAGUAUUAAUAUACUUCACAUACAUCCUAUGGUGCAUUUGUUAACUUAAUUGUAUUGUAGUUCCAAAACGUCUUGUUACUGAUUAUGGAUGCUAUUAAACAUUAUUUUGCAUA